AUGCUGUCUGAUUUGCAAAUAUUCAGUCUGGUUAUAUUGGGAAUCCUCGGCUUAACUGGGAGCAUCAUGAACUCAUCGAUUGCAGCUGUUUAUUUCAGAGACUUUAGGAAGAGAAUUGUCCUGAGAGCAUGUGAUAAAGUCCUUGUCACUAUGAGUGUCACCAACGUCGCCCUCCAGUGCUUGUUAAUGAGUGAUGGGAUUUUAAGUUGUCUGAAAUUACAGAAAUUACUUCUCAAAAAGCCUUACUUGCUUCACAUUUUUAUUUUCUACCUACUGAUCUCUAUAAACUUGUGGAAUACAGCUUGGCUCAGUUUUUGUUACUGCGUCAGACUUGUAACCUUCUCAAACCAACUCUUCAAUCAACUGAAAAUAAAACUCUCCUCUCUUAUUCCUAUGCUUUUGGUGGGAUCAGUAGUGGUAUCAGUAGCUGUUAAUACUCCAUAUUUUUUUACUAUAGCUUUUCAAAGUCCUCAAAAUGUGUCAGAUGAUUUCACAAAUACCAUGUAUUACAAUAGCCUGCCAUAUAACUUAUCUAUAGGCUGUAUUGGACCCUUUUUUCUCACUUUAAUCUGUAUAGGAUUCAGUGUCACUGUCCUCUUGAGACAUAUAUGGAAAAUAAAUGUAUUUGGAACCCAGUGUGAUCGGGGUAAAAAGCUUGUAAAAGCCGCGCAGACAAUGGUCCUUCUUAUGUUCAUUAAUAGCACCUUCUACAUUAUAAAUACUGUCUAUGCAAUACUAAAGGCCUGGGACAGCUGGCAAGAGACAGUUUAUUUACUAAACUGUUCAUAUCCAUUAGCACAAGCCAUUAUCAUAAUACUGGGAAAUCCCAAGUUACUGGCCACCUGGAGAAGAGAAAGACAGCAAACUCAGUAG